AUGUAAUUGAAUUAAAAUAAAUCUAAAAAAAGAAAAGUGACUCCAAGUGAUAAACAUUAAUUAUCUAUAUCUCAAGAAAGAUAUCAAAUACCAAAAUAUUUGACUCUUAAUAAUUAGAACAUUAAUACAUCAUAGAAAUAUUAAAUAUUGGAAUAGAUUGGAUAGGGUAGUUACAGUACAAUUUUUAUUGUUGAAAAUAAAUUACAUGGUGGUUAUUAUGCAAUGAAGAAAGUACUCCAAGAUCCAAAAUAGAUUAAUAGGGAAUUGGAAAUACAUAUGAGUAUGCAUCAUCCACAUAUUGUACCUUUAAGAGAUCAUUAUUUUACUAUUGAAAAUAAGUCUAAGUAUUUACAUUUGGUUAUGGAUUUAUAUUAAGGAAAUUUAAAAAAUGCUAUAAGAGUCCCAUUAAAAAGAGUGGCUAAAUAAUUAUUUUAAGCAUUACAAUAUUUAGAAUCAUAAAAUAUUAUGCAUAGAGAUCUUAAACCAGCAAAUAUAUUAUAUUAAAGUGGUAAUAUAUAUCUAGCGGAUUUCGGAAGUUCUAAAAAAAUUGAUGGAUCUAAAAGUUUGAGUUAUGUUUGUUCUAGAGCUUAUAGAGCACCUGAAUUACUUUUUGGUCAGAUAUUUUACAAUACUAAAAUUGAUAUUUGGGCUGCUGGUUGUAUCUUGGCUGAAUUAGAAUUAGGCAAAUCAUUAUUUUUUGGAUAGAAUACUGUAGAUUAAAUAGUAGAAAUCUGUAAAUUAUUGGGAACUCCUAAUGAAUUAGAAAAAGCUGAAUUGGGAUGCUAAUUUUAUAUUCCUGAUUUAUAAGCCAAAAAAUUAAGUAUGAUAUUUAAUAAUAUUGUUUUGAAUUAGAAAACUGAUCCCUUAUUAAUUGAUUUAUUAUCAAAGAUAUUUGUUUUUAGUCCAUCAAAAAGAAUUAGUACCACUGAAGCAUUAUAACAUCCUUAUUUUUUGUAAUGA